AUGGUUGCUUUUUCCGCUUUUGUCGUGGGAGCUUUAUUUUCACAGACAUGGGCUAUGCCCGCUGUCUCUCAGAACGCAGCGGUGGGUUCAGCUGCGACUCCCACCGUUGCGUCCACUUCGCUGCCGGUCGCUGCGGCCCAACUCGACCAGCUCGCGGAGUUGGCCUACAAAACCACGACUGACAAUGUCGCCGGCGAUUCUGACCUUGAGAAGCGUAGUGGCUGCACGCUUGGAAAUCUCCGAAUUCGUCGUGAUUGGAGGAUUUUCUCUGCUAAGCAGAAAAAGUCCUACAUCAGCUCUGUCGUCUGUCUCCAGAAGCUGCCGUCGCUGACUCCCCCAGAAGUGGCUCCCGGUGCGCGGUCUCGUUACGAUGACUUUGUCGCAACGCAUAUCAACCAGACUCUGGGAAUCCACUACACUGGAACCUUCCUGGCGUGGCACCGGUACUUCAUUUGGAACUUUGAACAAGCCCUGCGCAACGAGUGUGGCUACACCGGCGACUAUCCCUAUUGGAACUGGGCUGCUGACGCCCACGACCUUGAAAGCUCCGAAGUGUUCGAUGGCAGCGACACUUCGAUGUCCGGCAACGGUGCCGCAACCAACACCACCGGCGACAUCCAGCUCAGCCUGGGCACGUACCCAGUCAUCCAAUUGCCCACAGGCACAGGUGGUGGCUGCGUAACCAGCGGUCCAUUCAAAGACUACAAAGUCAACCUUGGCCCGGUGGCAUUGAUGCUUCCGGGCGGCAAAACCAGCUCAGCAGCCAACCCGCUCGCGUACAACCCGCGCUGUCUGAGCCGUGACCUGACCACCGCAAUUGUCCAAGCAUAUGCCAACUACACCUCAGUUGUGGAUUUGAUUCUGAGCAACGACGAUAUCUGGAACUUCGAAAUGAACAUGCAGGGUGUUCCCGGCAGUGGCUCGAUCGGCGUGCACGGUGGCGGACACUACUCUAUGGGCGGUGAUCCGGCUCGCGAUGUCUACGUGAGCCCUGGUGACCCUGCUUUCUGGCACCACCACGGUAUGAUUGAUCGUACUUGGUGGAUCUGGCAGAAUUUGGACUUGGAGAAGCGCCAGAAUGCUAUCUCUGGCACUGGGACCUUCUUGAAUAUGCCCGAGUCGGCUAACACUACUCUUGAUACCGUUGUUGAUAUUGGUUAUGCUGGUGGUGAGCCUAUUACCAUGCGUGAUCUCAUGAGUACCACCUCUGGUCCAUUCUGCUAUGUUUACCUGUAA